AUGGGAGGGGUAGUAAAGUGUACCAAAACCUUUAAGGAUGUGCCAUUAGAGAUCAAAGGAAAGGUGUUUUUGUCUGACCUCAUCGAAUUUGGGUUAAGUGACUUCGAUAUCAUCUUGGGAAUGGAUUGGUUAAGCAAGUAUAAUGCAGAGAUUCGAUGUCGAUCACAGAAAGUACAGCUAAGUACAGCUGAGGGUGAAUUGGUUACCCAUUGGAAGCAUGGAGAAACAAAGUGUCCAAGGACCAUCUCUAUGAUGAAAAUGGCUAAAUACAUAAAGAAAGGGCAUCCAUUGUAUUUCUGUAGUGUAAGGAACUUGGAUCAUGAAGAGGCAGAUAAGCCAAAAAACAUAGAAGUGGUGAAUGAAUUUCUAGAUGUGUUUCCAGAGGAGAUUCUAGGGAUGCCACCUAAGAGAGCAAUUGAUUUCACAAUAGAGUUAGUUCCAAGAACAACACCAAUUUCCAAGACACCAUAUCGAAUGGCACCUACAAAAAUGAGUGAAUUGAAGGAGCAACUACAGGAUUUGCUAGAAAAGGAUUACAUUAGACCAAGUGCAUUGCCUUGGGGAGCUCCAGGUUGUUUGUUAAGAAGAAGGAUGGAAGUAUGA